AUAAUUUUUACAAUAAAAAACAGUAUUUCGUACGGUACCUAGCGGCGCUUUUUCAAGAAGAACGUGUUUGUCUCCUCGUUUCAGCAUUGCAUAUGCAAUUUAUGUAUAACGGUUUGAAAUUCAUUUGUGAAGAGAAAAAUAUAUUUUUCAAUAAAUGCAAUUAAAUGCACUAAACACAAUGGAUUGCAGCGUUCGUUCAAGUCAAGCCGAUUCGGAUUUAGGUGACGAUUUGUCACAUGAAGAUCAUUCCGAUGAUGAAAUGCGUGAAUGUGAUUCUAUUGAAGGGGAUCAUGUCAAUCGGACAGCACGUUUAAAUCAUACUAUAACAAGUAACGGUGGUGAUAUGAGUUUUAGCGGUGGUGGUAGUGGUGGUAUUGGAGGAAUUGGUAUUGGUCGUAGUCCAGAAUCUCAAGCUGAAAUGCAAUUAAGUCAUCAUCAUCAAUUUACAACUAAUCCAUUGAACGCUUUGGGAAAUUUUAUGGGCAUUGGUGGCUUACAUGGUAUACCCAAUUUACAACACAAUGAUGUGUUAGAAAAAUUGAAAAUGCAAGUGCGUGAUAUGAAAGUUGGACUUAUGGAACAAGAUUAUGCAGCCCAUGCUGCUGCUUUUGGUGCAAAUGUUUUACCAACACCUAUUAACACCGCAUUUACUUUACCACCCACCACAAUAGCUUCGUUUGGUCACGCCGCACCAAAUAUUGCACCCUCAGCUGGCAACAGCAUGUCUAAUGGUAAUCUAGGUUCACAAAAUUCCACAAGCACUUCAGCCACAAGCUCAGCGUUAUCCAAUGGCGGUAACAGUUUUUCCUUUACGUCACCAACGGCACCCAGUUCAAGAGAUGUAAAUCCUGCUUCAAAUUCUUCCACAUCAAGUGAGGCUUCUAAUUCAUCACAGCAAAAUAAUGGCUGGAGUUUUGAAGAACAGUACAAACAAGUCAGACAGCUUUACGAAAUAAAUGAUGAUCCUAAACGUAAAGAGUUUCUGGAUGACUUGUUUUCGUUUAUGCAGAAAAGAGGCACUCCUAUUAACCGUCUGCCUAUAAUGGCAAAAUCUGUACUCGAUCUCUAUGAAUUGUACAAUUUAGUUAUAGCACGCGGUGGUUUAGUGGAUGUGAUAAAUAAAAAGCUAUGGCAGGAAAUAAUCAAAGGUCUGCAUUUGCCAUCGAGCAUCACCAGUGCAGCGUUCACAUUACGUACACAAUACAUGAAGUAUCUUUAUCCAUACGAAUGUGAAAAGAAAAAUCUCAGUUCACCUGCGGAAUUGCAAGCCGCAAUCGAUGGCAAUCGUCGUGAAGGACGUCGUUCCAGUUAUGGACAAUAUGAGGCAAUGCACAAUCAAAUGCAAAUGCCACAAAUGGCACGUCCUUUAUCUGGUGGCAUGCAACAAAUGUCACCUCUGGCAUUGGUUACACAUGCAGCAUCGGCUGCUGCUAAUCAACAAGCUCAAGCUGCUGCUGCUGCUGCGGCCGCACAUCACAGACUGAUGGCGCCCACAUUUGGGCAAAUGCCAAAUAUCGUAACACAUGAAAUCGAAAAACGUAUGAUGGAAUAUAUAAAUAUGAUGCAGGGAAAAAAGGAUCAAAGCGCUUUAGGCGCUAAUGCCGGGAUUAAUGGCAGUGGCAGUAGUAGUGGUACACCACAUCAACAGCCACAACAACAACGUCAACGUUCGCAAAGUCCCGAAAUCACUACACGUGAAGCACUGAAUGCUCUGGAAAUGUCACGUGUUGCACUUUGGCAAAUGUAUCACAACAACACAAGUCCACCGGCCUCAGUCAAUGCUUCACCUCAGGGUGCAGCAGAAAUACAACGCGUUGAACCGCAACGGUGA